AUGAGUGAACCCGAGGUGCCCUUCAAAGUGGUAGCUCAAUUCCCUUACAAGUCCGAUUACGAGGACGAUUUGAACUUUGAAAAAGAUCAAGAAAUUACAGUUACGUCUGUUGAAGACGCAGAAUGGUAUUUCGGAGAGUACCAGGAUUCCAAUGGCGAGGUCAUUGAGGGUAUCUUCCCCAAAAGUUUUGUAGCUGCUCAGGUGUCUGAAAGUGGAGAGAAAGUGGAAUCACCCGCGAUUGCAGCUCCCACCCAACAAGAUACUGCCCAACCUCAAGCAGAGCCAAAGGACCUCCAGGAGCCCGUUGCUUUCGAAACAAAAAAAGAAACUCCACCAUCUGUGUCAGCACCAGCGCCAGCACAGGCUCAGGACGAUUUAUCUACCAAUCGCGAAAGGAACAUUCCUAUGGAUUCACCAAAGUUAAAAGCGCGAUUAUCUAUGUUUAAUCAAGAUUUAUCAGAGCAGGCACCUUUACCAAAAUCAGGUCACUUGGAUUUGGAAAAUAUACCUGUCAAAAAGACCAUUUUGGCGGAUGCUCCUAAGUACUACGUUCCCCCUGGAAUACCAGCUAAUGAUACGUCCAAUCUUGAAAGGAAAAAGUCUUUAAAAAAAAGCGAGAACAAGAGUGUUCCUGAACCAAUUAAUCGUGCGCAAGUGGAAAGUGGGGAAAUGGAAACUGAAAAUGAUCAGUUGAAGAAAGACCAGCCUCAGAUGAGCCUAAAAGAAAGAAUUGCUCUUUUACAGGAACAGCAAAGAUUGCAGGCGGCAAGAGAAGAAGAAUUGUUGAGGAAAAAAGAAAAACUUGAGCAAGAACAUGAGGGUAGUUCGGCUGAUAAGGAAGAGCCCUGUUCAGAAACUGAAGAGGAUAAUGGAAAUGAAGAGUCCAGACCAGAACUUGGUCUUGCGCCUGAAAUUGAAAAAGACAGCGAACUCCAAAUGGAAUCGCUAGUACCUAAAGAAAGCACCAAAACCUCGUGCGAAGCGGAUUUUGGCAUGAAUGACAUAGAGAAAGAACAAAUUAUAGAUGAAUACGCAGAGGACAGGGAAAAAAGAGAAGUCCAGCAAUCGCAAAGUAGCAAACCAAGUAAGGAACAUGUUUCUGAGGAAAAGGGGUUAGGACAAACUUAUGAAGAAGAAGAUAAUGAUAAGGAAGAAGAAGAGGAAAAUAGUGAAGAAAAUCGAAGAGCAGCAUUGAGAGAAAGAAUGGCUAAACUAUCUGGUGCAAGUAGAUUUGGUGGCUCUGUUGGCUUCAACCCAUUCGGCAUGGCUUCUGGGGUUGGCAGUCAACCAUCAGAAGAACCCAAGAAGAAUCAUCAUAAACAGAAAGAGGCUGAACAGCUUCAAGAACUUCCUCAUGCAAUACCAGUUAUGCCAUUUGUUGACCCAAAUUCUAACCCUUUCUUUAAAAAAUCAAGUCCAACCGAAAGUGGCCAAUUUUCUGAAAACACUACGUUGAACCCUCACACCAUCGCACAAAAUGAACAAAAGCAAGAGCAUGGGACACACGAAUAUCACAACUUAGCUGUUGGCGGUGUUGCACCUACUGAGUAUUCUGACAGUGACUCCGAAGAAGAUACUGAUGACCAUGAAUUUCAGGAUGCAAAUGAUGGAUUGAAAAGACAUUCAGUGGUAGAGCAAUCAUCCCAAAUAAGUAAUAUUAAGUCAGAAAAUGUUAAUUCCAAGAAAAAAGAUAUCCCUCAAGAUUCACUGAUGCCUCAUGAUACUACAGAACCCUCAUCUGAAAUCGUGAAUGUACAACGGGAUGCCAUUAGAAACGCAUUACCAGUCUCUCCCCCAAGACCAGGGGCCGGUCUUAACGGUGCAAUGGACUCUUUGACUAAAUCUACCCCAGAGAAACACAAAGAGGUAUCUGAAAACGGGCAACAUGAUCUUUCAGCCCGGUCAUCUGCAUUACAGAAAACUAUUCCCGAUAUCGCAGCAUCAAUUCCAUCGGCUCCUAUUAUGAGUCUGACAUCUAAUAUUGAGGACAAGCUACCACAUCCUCCAGAACCUCCAGCACCUCCAGCACCUCCAGCACCCUCAGCACCCUCAGCACCUCCAGCACCCUCAGCACCUCCAGCACCCUCAGCACCCUCAGCACCUCCAGCACCUCCAGCACCUCCAGCACCUCCAGCACCUCCAGCACCUCCAGCACCCUCAGCACCUCCAGCACCCUCAGCACCUCCAGCACCCUCAGCACCUCCAGCACCCUCAGCACCUCCAGCACCUCCAGCACCUCCAGCACCUCCAGCACCUCCAGCACCUCUAGCGCCUCCAGCACUGCCCACUCAAAUUGAAACAGAAGAAUAUACUAACAUUCCUGACCUAUCGGCAUCUCCUCCUCUACCUGUAGCCGGGGAGUAUCAGCCGAUGCCAAAGGUUGCCCCGCCCCUUCCACGCGCACCACCAAUACCACAAGCUCCCUCUGAAUUGGAGGCUGAAUCACCAAUUACUCAUGAAAAUUUAGCGCGUACGGCUCCCCCACACGUCGCUGCUUCCACAUCAUCAGUACCAAGUGUACAACAACAUGCACCAGCUUCGUUACUUUCUUGCGUAGAAAAAGAACCACCAACUUUACCGCACCAUGCACCAUCAUCAACGGAUCGUACUGUAGAGUCCUUCCAUCAGUCAAGUAUACCAAAUGUGGCUUGUAUGAGAAGGUCAACAACGCAUGAUGUAGGCGAGAUGUCCAACAACAUCAAAAUCGAGUUCAAUGCACAAGAAAGGUGGUGGAUUAAUAAAACUGCCCCACCUGCUAUAAGCAAUCUGAAGUUGAGAUUUUUAAUGGAGGUUGAUGAUCAUUCCAUUUCAAAACGACUACAUCAAAAAUGGAUGGUGAGAGAUUUUUACUUCCUAUUUGAAAACUAUUCACAAUUAAGAUUUUCCUUGACUUUUAACAGCGCAAAUCCAGAGAAAACAGUAACUACAUUUCAAGAACGCUUUUCAUCACCAGCUGAAGCACAAUCAGCACAUAUCCUGGAGGAAUACGCCCAAAGAUUCAAUUCAAAGAUUGUAGAAAAAUCGCAUUCGUUAAUAAACUCACACAUUGGGGCUAAAAACUUUGUGUCACAAAUCAUAUCCGAAUUCAAAGGCGACGUUAUACAACCUAUAGGGGCAAGAACAUUUGGUGCUACUAUAUUAACUUAUAAACCUGAGAGUGUAAAUGAACAAUUGAUGGAGAACUUACAAAAAAUUAGACCAGGGGACAUUCUUGUAGUCAGGAAGGCAAAAUUUGAAGCGCAUAAGAAGAUCGGGAAAAAAGAAAUUGUGGACAUUGGAAUGGAUACUAAUAUUCCAUACUCGAGUGUUGUAACCGAUUAUGAUUUUACGAAGAAUAAGUUUAGAGUUAUUGAAAAUCAAGAAGGGAAGAUCGUUCAAAAUAGCUACAAGCUGAGCCAUAUGAAAACUGGGAAGUUGAAGGUUUUUAGAUGUGUUGCGAGAGAAUACGUGGGUUGGUGA